AUGGGGAAACCCAAAAACACAACCGCCGGGAAGACAAAGGCCGGCUCUGGAACUAACAAUGGCGGCAAUGCAAAGUUGACCGCAGCUUCAGUUCCCGCCGCGCCGCCCGCUUGGCCUCAGUUCAAGCCGCCGCUACCUGUCACCGACCUGGCUGCCGACCAGCUCGCAUCUUGCCCCGACAAGGUCCUCCUGAUUCGCAACUUUUGGCCAAAAUCCCUCUGCAGUUCUUAUGUCACUUUUCUGAGGGGUUUACCGCUGAUCACUACCCCUGGUCGGCCUAAGCGGGGAGAAGCGGUUAGAGUGAACGACCGUUUUCAAGUGCAGGAUGCUGCCUUUGCUCAACGCCUGUGGACGGAGACUGGGCUGCGCGAAUCGCUUGCUCAAGAAGACAUUCAGGGUUUAUGGGGCGGUGAAGUCGUCGGUCUAAAUCCCAAUAUUCGCAUCUAUCGUUACUCCAAGGGCCAGUACUUCGAUGCACAUUACGACGAUUCUAACAACGUAUCACUCAACCUCAACCCCUCCUCCGGACCCGUCACAUGCAAGACAACCUGGACGCUGCUCCUCUAUCUCACCUCUUCCACCGAGGGCUGUGUUGGCGGCGAGACCGUUUUCUUCCCCAACGACCGCCGCUCCGCCAAGGAGGAGAUCCCGGUCGCCCUCGAAACGGGUAUGCUCCUCUUACACAAGCACGGCGACGACUGCAUGCUGCACGAGGGGCGCGAGGUCAGCGCAGGCGAGAAAUGGGUGCUUAGAACGGACCUUUGCAUCAGGAAGUGA